UUUGCACAGAGGACGAAGGAUGGCAGAGAUACCGCAAGGGGCCGUCAAGGAACCGCUCGUGGCCGAGCCCACGACCAAACCAGACCCAGCACCGGCAGCGACGUUGCCACAGCCACAACAUGACCAGGACGUGUACGUGCCGAUCCAAGACUCGCCACAUUCGCGCAUGUCGGAGAGCAACAACCGGGACACUGGCUUGUCAAGACGUACGCUGUCCCAAUCGAGCGCACGGUCGUUCCGCGCGUCCCGCCGGUCCACGUCGCGUGUCCGUCUAAGUCGUCUCGAGUCGAUGAUUCACGAAGAACACUCCAAGGCCCUCAUCCCGUCUGCCGUGCUUUGGAUCACAGUCGGCAUCGCCCUCAUGGGAGCAUUUCAAUUUGGCUGGUUGUUGUCCCAGCUCAACUAUAAACCGUUCAACGCAAAGUGCAGUGAUUCCGUGAUCCCUGUCGGUAGCUGCAUCAUGUUUCCGCGUCAUUCGUCCACGGAAUGGACGAUGGCUGUCACGUCGUGGAUUGUCGGUGGGGCCAUCGGUGCCAUGGCUAGCGGAUACCCUGCCGACAAGUUUGGUCGCAAGCGAACGCUCUUUCUCAACGCGCUCGUGAUGAUUGUCGGCGCCACAAUUCAAGUCAUCGCGAGCGACAUUUACACGUUUUCAUUUGGCCGCAUGAUCUCGGGUAUUGCGUCCGGUGCUGCCAUCAACGUGUGCAACGUCCUCAUCAGUGAAAUCUCACCAUGCCAGAUGCGUGGCAUGUUUUCCACCGGCCUCCAAGUCGGUGUUGCUGUCGGGUCGCUGGCUGUCACGACGGCGCACUACGCGCUGAACGCAGAAGAGUUUUCAUGGCGCAUUCUCGUGGGUUUCCCCAUCGUGUUGGGGGGGCUGCAAGUGCUGCUCAUGCCUCUCGUGACCCUCAGUCCCGUGUGGCUCGUGGCCCACGGCCGCUUUGACGAAGCGGGUGUGGAACUGUCGCGCUUGUAUCGUCCGACCAACACCCAGGCCAUUUUGAACGCUCUCAUCGCCGCGCACGAAGAAGAACGCAAGGAAACUGCUGGCGUGAAUCCGUGGAAAGCCAUGUUCUCUUCCAAGUACCGCACCCAACUCAUCAUUGCGAUCGUCCUGUGUGCGGCGCAGCAGUUGUGCGGCAUCAACGCCGUCAUGUACUACUCGAGUAGCAUCUUUGCAUCAGCGGGGGUGACCGAUCCUCGCGUCGGCAACACCAUCGUGAACGUCGUACGGACAUCCAUGAUCAUCCUGGCGGCGUACGUGAUGGACAAGUUUCACCGCCGCACGCUCCUCAUGGGCGGUAUGUUUGUCAUGGCAAUCGCUGCCGUCGGUGUCAUGUUGUCCCUCGUGUACAAAAGCGCGAUUGUGUCCGUCACGUCGACGGGGGUGUUUGUCGGGGCAUUUUGCUUGAGCAUCGGGCCCAUGGGGUGGAUGGUUUCGUCCGAGAUCUUUCCCGAUUUUUUGCAUGCAAACGCGGGCAGCAUCGGCACCUUAUUUACGUGGGUCUCCAACUUUCUCGUGGGUGUGUUUUACCCGGCGCUGUCGAGUGCCGACAGCCUCGGCACGUACGCGUUUUUGAUCUUUGUCGCUUUACUGGUCGGGUUCGUCGUGUUUGUGUGCGUCGUCGUGCCUGAAACCGGACACAAGACGUACGUUGAAAUCCAAGAAGCGUUUGGCAUCAAAGACACGCCCGAAGCAAAUCCGGCCGACGGCGACGAUGACCCGUGGGCGUGUGAUGAAGAGCCGCCCAAGAAACCCUUCUAGACACUACGCGCGCACCAACCAGCGAGCCGUAGUCAGCGCAAUUUAUAAGUGGCAUCGACUCGCGUUUUUUUCUUCUGCAUCACAGCAAAUGGUAAAUCAAGGUAUGCGCAUACCCACAGGCUGGAGAGAGCCACGAAUAGCAGAAAAAAUCUCGCACACGCCCUCGACGAGAAACAAGUUCAACAUGGUAUCCACC